UUCAAGAACAAAAUCGAAUCUCCAAAUUCUCUCAAAAUCUCAAAAAAUCCACACAAUGUCUGCCUGCAGCAAGAUCCGCCACAUCGUCCGCCUCCGGCAGAUGCUCCGGCGGUGGCGCAAGAAGUCGGCGGCGGCGGCGGCCGCCCCUCGCCUCACCCCCUCCGACGUCCCCGCCGGCCACGUGGCCGUCUCGGUCGGCGCCAGCUGCAAGCGGUUCGUCGUCCGGGCGACGUACCUGAACCACCCGGUUUUCCAGAACCUACUGGUCCAGGCCGAGGAAGAGUACGGUUUUUCCAACUCCGGUCCGCUCGCCAUUCCCUGCGACGAAUCGGUUUUCGAGGAGAUCCUCCGGUUCUUGUCCCGGAAAGACUCUCGAACCGCCCGGUUCGCCACCGUUGAAGACUUCCAGCAGCAGUGCCGCCGCAGCAGCCAGUGCUGGGCCGAAUCCCGGCCGCUCUUGAACGGCGUUUCCGACAACUCCAUCUGGUGAUCGAUCCACCGGAAACUCAGAAAAAAUUAUUAAAUUAAUGAUUUUCUCAGCUUUAAUUUAUUUU